AUGGCGCUCCUCAAUCCUGUCUACGCUUUUGUUGUGCCUUUUCUUUUCGUUGUCACUGUUCCCUUGGCGGUAUUUGCCGGAAUCACAACUACGAUUGCCUUCUCUGUUCUCAUUCUCCGAGUGCUGGCCGUCUACAUCGACGUUGCCUUGUCAAUUGUUCCUCACUACUUGGGCGGGCGAAAGACUCGGCCUUACCACCCUAAUAACUAUCACCCUCACCAUCAACUUCUCGAAUCCGCAGCCCCAGCCGCACUCUAUACCAAUCCAUCGUCUCCUUCAGCUGGCUCCACAGCCUUCGAAUCAUCUUUACGGCGUCGUCGACAUCGAAGGAGCUCCAGCGCCCUAUCCACAACCGGUACCACCACCCCUGGCAGCGAAAAGACAUUUGGUUUGCUUCCUAGCACCGGGCCAGACCGGGACUUUGAGGGCGUUGGCGGCUGGCGACUAGGCGGUGAUGACGAGACAUGGACUGCUAUCAACUCACGGUUAGAGCUGCCUGACAAGCAGCAUCACGGGCGUAACCAUCAUCGUUCACCGUCUGGGCCGACAACGCCUGGGGAGGGUGGAUAUCUUAUGAUGAAAGGCCGCAACAGAAGCCCAGAGGCAAAACGAAUAUUAGCAUCUCCCAACAGUUCGCGCACAAGAACACCUUCAGGACCUCGCAUUGCUUUUACGAACAAAUUAUCCAUCGACAGCUAUUUCCCAAGUCUCAAGUCCUCGCCAAAAGUACUCAAGAAGCUCCCUACACAGGGAGUUGUGGAUGCAUAG